UUGGCAUCUUUAACCUUUUUUAAAAAUGUCCAUUGACUUCCCUUUGGCUCUUGGUGGAAGAACCUUUUCCCUUUUUAGGUCAGUAGAUUUUGCAAGACAAAAUAAUCCUCAUUCCACCCGUAGGCAUUCUUUAGUUGCUGGGGAAACCCUUCCUAACUCUUGCUGGCUAGAUAAUGUACACCUUUUUUUGGUAUUUCUUUUAAGAUGUGAAUGAGAGAAUGUUUCCCUGCCUAGGUGAUACCCUGAUAUGAUCUGUAUCGCUUUCAUGCUGGGAAAUUAAAAAAACAAACCCCAUGUGGGUCUAUCUGCUUGCUAUCCCAUGGCCCUAACCCCCCUCCCCCUUCAGCAUGUAUCAGUGGUUCCAUAUCUUUCUACAGCCAUGCUGAACAUUGUGCCCGUAUUUAAUGGGAAAGGGGAAGAGAGCCAACAAACCGCUUUGCUAGGAAGCCAAUACCAGUUGCUUUUAUCAGUUGUGUUUAUUGGAAGUCAGGACUGUCUAGGAAUUGGGGGCUCUUGCAGAGGCAGGGUCCGUUCGCCUCUGAGCCACUCCUGCCUGUCAGUUGUCUAAGCUGAAUGGGCUGGACAUUACAGGAGCAAUCUCGACUUCAGUUGGCAUAGUUGUCAGCGAAUACCACUAAGGAUGGAUUCUGUUAUAUUUUGGGAUCUUGACCACUCAAUUAGCAGUGAUUUAUUAAUCAAUAAGAUUCUUAGUUGAUUCCCUCCCCAAAACCUGUCAAGCCUCUGCUGCUUGUGUUGUUGAUAGAGGGGGGAAAAAAGAGGUUCUGAACUGAGGUGGAUUCCUGGAUGGAGUCCUUUAAAAGUUGUGUGAAUUUGUUGGUGGAUCUGUGUGUUCUCUUUGCAUUUUGUUUGUCUUGGAGGGACCUGUCUUAUAAGUUUUGGCUAGUCUACUAGUUACCAUCCAUUUGAAUUGAUCAGUAAAGAUAUUUUCCUGCCCAAAGUGCUCCCAACCAUUAUAUCACGGAUACAUACUUUGGCAUAAUAGUUGUAUAUUCAAAAUAUAUCCUGGUGACUUUUUUUUCUUAACUCUUUUUUGCAUUUUUACUGAUAUUGGACUUUUUUAGCUGUUGAAGAUCAUCUGACCAGUCCCUUCAUUUCUAAUGGGAAGAAAUUGAGACUCAGAGGAGUUAAAUAACGUGCCCAAGGCUACAUAAACUGAUUAGUAACAGAGCUGCCACCAGAACUCUCUGGAGUCCUCACCUAUAGUCCUCAUCUUUUCUUUGCCAGUUGGGACAAUGUCAAUUGCCCUACUUUUUUCCAUUAUUUUAAACUCUUGCCUUCUGUCUUAUAAUCAAUAUUAAGUAUGAGUUCCAAGGCAGAAGAGCAGCAAGGACUCUUAGGAUUACGUGACUUGCCUUGGUCACUCAGCUAGGAAAUAUCUGAGGCCAAAUUUGAACCCUGAAUCUUUAGUCUCCAGGGCUGUCUCUCUAUGCACUGAGCUCCCUAGCUGUCCCUGUUCUACUAUCUUGAAUGAGAUCUACACAUAAUACAAAGGUCUGAAAUGUUGACUUCAAUUUGAUGAGAUUUGGUCUAAUAUCUGUGAUAUAAAAUAGUCCUGGAUCUCAUAAUUUGUUGAGUUGGUUGAAGAUGUUCAUUAGGACUUAUUGUCCUUAUUGAAUAAUAAUUAUUUCUCUAUGUUUCUUAAGUUAAUAGAAAGUCCAGGAAGUGAGGGACUAGGAAGGGAACAAACAUUUAUAUAGCCUCUACUAUGUGUCAGGCACUGCACUGAGUGAUUUACAAAUAUUAUUUCAUUUGAUCUUUUUUAGUAUACCCAUUUUACAGUUGAGGAAACAGAGGCAAAGAGUUUUUAAGUGACUUGUCUAGGACCACACAGCUAGUAAGUGUCUGAGAAUUGAUUUGAACCCAGGUCUUCCUGACUCCAUCCAGUUCAAAUGUUUUAGCUGUUGUGCUAAUACUUAGCUGCCUCUGUCAUGGAUCCCUAAUUCUAAAAUAAAAAAUGAGGAGAUUCCAUUUCACUUUUUAAAAAAAGGUGUUUUGUUGGUGACUUUUGUUUUUACAACAGUUAUUUCCAAAUAUACCCCCCCCCCCCACUAUGAACUUUUCCCUUGUAACAAAUAAAAACAAUAAAAGCAAGUGCCAUUGUGACUAAAACAGACAGCAGAGGAGAUGUUCUGUGCCUGAAGUCCCACACUUUCUUAUCACUUUUCAGGGCCAGAAUUGGUCAGUACAGUUACAGAGGACUCGACUUAAUUUUAAUUUAAUUUUCCUGGUUCUUCUUGACUAAAGUCUCCAUCAUUCAGUUCAUAUAAAUUUUAGAGGUUUCUGUGGAAUUUAUUUCACUUUAAUUCUAAUCUUGGGACAUUUCAAAGAUUUGUUAAAUGAUUGGGGAUUCCUGUAUAUUUGUGGUUUUAUAAUAUUAUGGUAUGUGUAUUAAAAAAUAUUCAGCAGUUUUCAUCAUUGUGGGAAUGAUUAGUUUAUUUUUCUUCAGUUCUCCGUAAAACAUUUUUGUUAGCAUUGAUGCAGUGACCUGAGGCAAGAUGACAGGUUGGGUACUGGUGUCCCAUGCAGGCCUCAGUGUCCUUCAGAACCAGAUUGGGCUUCUGCGUCCCAACUCUUUCUCUGUCCCGUGUUUUUGCACAGUUCAGUUGUCCCUGAAGCCAUCUCCGACCCUGCCACUGGGAGCUCCCCCCUCCCUCCAAACUUGAAAUGCUUCCUGGGUUAAAGUUAUUUCUGUUAUAUUCUCUGCCCCAUCCUGGAUUGCAAAGCCUCUUUAUCCCCAAUUUGGAGCUGCAUAAUAGUUGUUUAGUGAAGGAAAUGACUCACCCAACACUCCUCCAUUCAUAAACUUUAUGCAUCCAGCCUGGCCCUGGGCCAAGGGUCGGAGAUAGGAAGAAAAAAGUAAAAACAAUGCCUGCUCUCUAGGAGUUUGCUUUCUAACAGGCUCCUCCCCUAAGAUGCUGCUUGGUGGUUGAAAGGUGCUGACCUUCCCAUCAAGGGUGGUCUGAGGGUGUUCCAAGCCCCGGCCCAUUCAGAUGGAUGCACACGGGGUACAAUGUGGGCACUUAACAAAAUGCUUGUGGAUCAAGUCUUUGGGAAGCAAUACAGGAAAAAGGCAGAGGACCUGGGCUCAGAUCUCAGCUGUCACUGGCUGAACUUGGACGUACCCAUCUUUCUGAACCUCCUUUUCCUGAUCUGUAAAGGGUUGGCCUAGAUGCCUAUUCUAGGCCCUUCUGAUCCUUGGCUCUCAUGAAGAAUGUUUUCACUUUAAUCCUUUAGUGAUCAAAAAGUAGUUGACAUCAAGUGUCUCAUUCAGCCUCAUUGGGGAAGAAGUCGGUCUUUAAGUAAGGCUGGAUGAAAAGUGCAAGCCUUUUAUUUUUAAAAAUUGUCUUCAAGUAUCCAGAGUAAUUCAGACUUAGCUGCAUUGGGGGUAUUUCCCCUGAGAAUGCCAAACCCUAGCCACCCCCCUCUUAGGAACAGAGUUUGCUGUUCCUAGACAAUGGUUCUGUUCAAAGGAGGCAGAGGGCUUAAUGACCAACAUUUACUUAAUUUUAAAAUUAAUAUUUAGUUAAUUAUGUUGGAGGGACCUUGGAGAAAUCUCACACUUUAUUGAUAAGGAAAUGGAAGCAUUAAGGGGUAAAUCACUAUCAUAGCAGCAGAGCUAGGGUUAGCAUCCAUGACUUUUGGCAUUUUGGUCCAAUAGCCUUAAAACUCUCACUUGUCUUCUUGAAGAAAGGUUUUUACUGGUCAACUAGAAACCUAGUGUCUGUUCUCUGACCUUUUGGCAAGGCUCUUAGAUGGCUUGAGUUUUGAAUACCUUUGUGCUUAAAAAAGCCUUGGUUUUGAGUACUUAUAAAUGGAUCUGUGACCUCAUUUAGAUUUCUUUCUGAAAAAUCAGAUCCCAACCUGUCUAAACCUGCAGGUUCUGUAAGACCAAGAGUUCCAAGAAAAUCAAACAUUUUGCAAGAUAUGCUGACACCUUGGGGUCUUAGUGCUUUUAAAUUGUAUUGCUUUGUGCACUUUACACUUUUUCCCCUGAUAAUUGGUUUGGGAGAAAUACAGUUAUUGACUUUUAUAUCAGUGUUAGUUAGGGAGAAGCAGUAUACUUUUACCUUGAUUAAUUUCUACCCAGAAAUUGUCAAUAUUUCUUUAAAAAAAAAAACAAAAAACUCUUACUAUUUGACUUCGGAUGAGCCACAAAAGCUAGGCAGUUGGGGUGAAGUGACUUGCAGAGGGCCCUGCAGCUAGGCAAUAGUUGAGGCCAAAUUUGAUUUAGGUCCUUCUGACUUCAAACCUGGCUCUCUAUCCACUCACUGUUCCACUUAACUGCCCCCCCACCCCCAAUGUUCAAAUAUUGUCCCCUGUCCUUGCAGCAAAGAACCACACUUUUGAAAAAAACAUAUAGGUUAUUUAAUAAGAAGGCCAUAUACAGUUAUGCAACUGAAGUUAAAGAUUCAAGCACAGUAGUAUUUACUUUUUCAGAUAUUCCUUCUCUUGGAUUCUCUCCAGUCAAUUGUUUGCAAAUGCAGCCCCUGCAGCUUGGCAUUAAAAAAAAAAAACAACAACCCAAAAGAUAACAAUGUAUUUGGUCUUUCAGCAAAUGAAGGUUAAGUAUAACCUCACAGCCAAUUUGAUCCUUUCACUCCUUAAAGCAAGAUGCUCUCUGGGUAGUUUGGGUUAGUAGAUUUAGGAGUACCAAAGUACACGUUGGACUACAAGUCUGCAGAGUGCCUGUGCACAGCUGCUCAGGUUGGGCCCAAAGAAGUAAGUUACCCCAGUGGUUGGUUUUGUUUGAUUUUAAAUUUGAGUAACUGACAGUGUUUGGUUGAUCCUGCCUAGGUUCAUGUUUUCAAAUCUACAGUUGAGGGAAUAGAGAAGGGGUGUGUGUGCAAUCUUUGUUGUUUUUUUGGUUUUUGGUGAAGUUAAAGGAUUUCAACCUUCUGAACUGAUACUUCAUUGGCAGCACUUCACAAGAAGUGUUUCCUAUGUAUUCCUAGGUUAUGUCAUUGUGUUCAUGCUCAAUUGAGUUUUAGAAUCCAUACUGUGUAUUGGUUCCAAGGUGAGAAGGGCUUGGCAGUGGGGGUUAAGUGACUUGUCCAGGGUCACACAGCUAGGAAGUAAGUGAAGUCCUCAUUUGAACCCAGGACCUCUCAUCCCUAGGCCUGACUCUCAAUCCAUUGAGCCACCCAGCUGCCCACCUCAAUUUAGUUUAGAUUUGAUUCUCAGUUGCCUUUUUUUUACUUAGGACUUUUUUGGAUGGGGAAAAUGAUUUUCCUUUCCAGGUUAUUUAUUUGAUAAAUAUUUACCAAGUACUUGAUGACAGUGGAAAGACCAGGAAAUGCCCUAUACAUGUGUGUGCUAAACGAUUUUGAAAGGAAAUGUUUAAGAGCUGUGGGUAUGUUAUCCUCAUAACGGCCUAUUUUAACAUGUCUAAGACGGGAUUAGAUACUGUCCUGUAGAGUCUCAGCUCCUUGAGAGCAAGGCCAGCCCUGCUGAGACCAGGCAGGCCGGUGGCUCUCCCGGUGCGGGGCCUGCUGGCACCUGGCUCAGCUUUGGGAUCAGUAAGCCAGGGAGCUCCAGUUUUUCCAGCUGCCGAAUCACCUCCUCCCCACCCCCAACCCCCGCCCUGCAGAUGUGUGAGAGCCUGUUAUUUUGGUGGCUCACCUAAUAGGAGGAUUGUGGGCCGUGGGCUGGAGCUUGUAUCACUUUCCUUUGAGGAGGGAGAGCCCAGUAGGCGGGGGAGCCUGGAGCCUGCAGAGCUCUCUCUGCUGCUGCCCUUUCUUGUGACUUGGGGGGAAGACAUAUAAAUGAAGAAAAAUAAGUCAAUAAAAAGUUUCCUUUGUUUGAAUUAAAACACUGGAAACCCCAGAAAAUUUGGGUGUUUUUGAUAUCUGUGGUUUGUUCAGCAAGUUGAGUACUGGAAUCAUCUGAUACUUGAACCUGAAGAUUUUCUCAUGAAACAUUGAAGGGGGGAAUGCUUUAUUAUGGCUGCUGUUGUACAACAGAACGAACUAGUCUUUGAAUUUGCCAGCAACGUCAUGGAGGAUGAACAUCAGGAAUCCCAGCCCAUGAAUGCUGGCUGUGAUGAAGAUAAGGAAAACCUUCUCGGGGAUCCUGCUAUUUUCCCGGCCGUCAUUGUGGAACAUGUUCCUGGUGCAGAUAUCCUCAAUGGCUAUGCCGGUUUAGCCUGUGUGGAUGAACCUAGUGAUAUGAUUACUGAGAGUUCAUUGGAUGUUGCUGAGGAAGAAAUUAUAGAUGAUGAUGACAUCACUCUGACAGUUGAAACUUCCUGCCAUAAUGGAGAUGAAACAAUUGAAACCAUUGAAGCUGCUGAGGCACUCCUUAAUAUGGACUCUCCAGACCCAAUGCUGGAUGAAAAAAGAAUAUCUAAUAUAUUUGCUUCACCUGAAGAUGAGAUUGUUGUUGCACCCAUUACUCAUGUAUCUGUCACAUUGGAUGGGAUUCCUGAAGUGAUGGAAGCACAUCAAAUCCAAGAUACCUAUGUAGUAUCCCCAGAAACUACAAUACCAGAACAACCUAAGAGAAAGAAAGGGAGAAAAACUAAACCUCCUCGACCAGAUUCCCCAACUACUACACCAAAUAUAUCUUUGAAGAAGAAAAACAAAGAUGGGAAGGGAAAUACAAUUUAUCUUUGGGAGUUCUUAUUAGCGCUUCUUCAGGACAAGACUACCUGCCCCAAAUACAUCAAGUGGACCCAGAGGGAGAAAGGAAUUUUUAAAUUAGUGGAUUCUAAGGCUGUGUCUAAGUUAUGGGGGAAACACAAAAACAAACCUGAUAUGAAUUAUGAGACUAUGGGAAGAGCUCUCAGGUACUAUUACCAAAGAGGUAUUUUGGCUAAAGUGGAAGGUCAGCGCUUGGUGUAUCAGUUUAAGGAAAUGCCAAAAGACCUUAUUUACAUAGAUGAUGAAGAUCCAAGUGGCAGCCUGGAGUCUUCAGAUCCAUCACUGUUGUCUUCAGCAGCCACCCCUGGUAGAAACCAAACCAGCAAAUCCAGAGUGUCUUCAAAUCCAGGGAUAAAGGGAGGAUCCGCCACUGUUCUGAAACCAGGGAAUUCCAAAUCCGCCAAACCCAAAGAGCCUGGGGAAGCCACCCAGACACACCUGUCUGGUCUGUCGCCAGAGGUGGUGCGGACGGUUCAGUCAUCCCCGGCUCCACAUCCCAUCCAGCUCUUUCGGACUGUUCACCUCAUGCAGCCCAUCCAGGCUGUUCCAGAAGGGCCAGGAGCGGCGGCCAGUAACGUGCAGGAUGAAACGCUGAAUUCUUCUCUUCAGAAUAUUAGGACUCUUCAGACUCCAACCCAGGUUCCUGUGGUGGUUUCUCCUGGGAAUCAACAGUUGCAUACAGUCACACUCCAAACAGUGCCACUUACAACAGUUCUAGCCAGCACAGAUCCAGCAUCAGGAACUGGGUCCCAAAAAUUUAUUUUGCAAGCCAUUCCAUCAUCACAGCCUAUGACUGUUCUAAAAGAAAAUGUCAUGCUGCAGUCCCCAAAGCCAGGCUCUCCUCCUUCAUCUAUUGUUUUCAGUCCUGCCCAUGUACAACAGGUUCUUACUAGCAAUGUCCAGACCAUCUGCAAUGGGACAGUCAGUGUGACUUCAUCUCCCUCCUUUAGUGCUACUACUCCUGUGGUGACCUUUUCCCCUCGAAAUUCACAGCUGGUUGCUCACCCAUCAGGCACUGUGAUCACUUCAGUAAUCAAAGCACAAGACUCAAAAGAAACCAUGAUACAAGAAAUGAUGGCACAGGAGGUGGAAGAUAGCAGGAUAGAAGACCUUGAACAAACAGAACAGAAGAUUGAGCUUCAGCCACAACCCAUUGUGGUAAUGGUGUCAAGUUCCAAUGGAUUCCCAUCUCAGAUAGCUGUGAAAAGAGAAAGUGAACAAUUGGAGCCCAAUUCGUAUUAAUAUACCAAGUUAAUUAUGAUUUUUUUAAAUUACAGCAUUUUUGUUUUGUGUAUAAAGGAUUUGAUUCUGAAGCAAAUGUUACAGAGCCCCAUAUCUUUGGCAACUAAUUAUUAGUCAUAACUUAGAGUUAGUUUUGCUUUUCUUUUAAAUAUUAAAAAAAAUGCAACACAUGCUCCAAGGACAUAUUAUAGAAUUCAAGCAUGAAGGAACAUGCAUUUUAUAUGAUGAAGGCUUUUUUUUUUUUUUUGAGAUCUUUGUCUCAGUUGCUACAGUAUGUUUUUUUUUAAAUCCUUUUUCCAAUUCUACAUUAUAACUUUUCUGUUUCCAAUGUAAAUAUGUUAGUUAAAUGUAAGGUGACAGAGAGUUGGAACUAUGUUCAUUCCAUACCUCUAGGAAAUACUAUCUUAGGUUACAUAUUUUUAAUUGAUUUCAGUUUCCCGCCUGCUUCACAUUGGUAAUACUUUGUGCCACAAAAAAUUGGUGUGUAAAAUGGAAAAUGUAAAAAAAGAAAAAAAAAGAAAUUUAAAACAGUCCUGAAUCUAGGCUUCUUUGGAAGAAGUACCUGGGCAGCCUGCAUUUAAUUUUCUUGUGUAACCUUGAACACAUCACUUAAUGUUUCCGAGUUUCAGUUUCCUCAUCUGGGGAAUUAAAAUAGGUGAUCUGGCCAGCUUCUAGAUGCUGUAAUUUCCACACUCCCAUAGGAUCAAAAAAUUUGCUCUGAAUGUUACCAAGUUGGGCUCUAGGUCCAUCCUACUCCACCUCAAAAUAUUAUGAUUUCAAUAUCCACACAAUAAAUGUUUUUAUUACACCAUUUAAAACAACAUCAAGUUAUUGUAAAUCAAUUAUAUCUGAAGAUAAAACUGUUAACAGUGGUUUUUGAUUAUCAUUUUUUGCCAAAUAUGUUAUACCUAGAUCCAUUGGAAAUUCAUUAACUCCUUAGACCACCAAGUGGCAUUUAGUAAAUGAUGGAUGAGAUUUGCUAAAUGACAUGUAUUAGUGGUCUGAAUGAGCCAGGGGUACCUUUCCUAAGUGCCUACUUAAUUUCAUUGAAAAAUUUCAGCCUUGGGCCAGUCUGGCUCUCUUGUCAAUAGCUUUAUAAAAUUUCAACUUAUCUGUUCUGUGUCUUUAUGUAAGGGGUUAGGGGUGGGUGGGAAUUGUAUACAUAUAUAUGUGUAUAUACACACACACACACACACACACAUAUCCAGACUUUUCAUGAUGGAAUAGUUUUAGAAUACUUUUUUCAAUUGUAAAUAUUGUACAUUUAAUUUCACAAGAAAAAAAAUAAAAGUUUUCAGCAAAUUUAUUUCCUAGUAUAGAGAUUUUUAUAGAUGAAAAAUCAUUAUGUUUAGAGGCCUGGUGUUAUAUGUAUUCAUAUUAUUACAGAGUGAAUUUGUAUUUAAAGACAAAUUUUAAAAUUUUGAAAUUCCUAAAAUUUUUGUAUUUUAAUUGGUUUAUUAUUGAAUAAAUCAUGUGAAAAGUUGAAGUA